AUGGCUGGAAAUUUUGAUACAGAAGCUUUAGUACUUAUAGUACUCACCUAUAUAACUCUGAUCAUUAUUCUUUUACGCCUUGCACUUGCACUUUGUCAAUUUACGAUCAAAAAGGAAAUUGAUCGAGCUAAGCAGAUCAGGGAACAAUCUUUAUCGCUUCAAAAAGUAACAGUUAUAGAUGCUAAUAAUGAAAGCAAACAAAAUUCAAAUGGAAAUCAUUUAUCAUCAUUUAAUAACAAAAAUAAAUAUCAUGAUAAGCCAAUAAAGAAUCAUAAUUCAUCUUACAAUGAAAAUUUUGAAACAAUUUUGCUUGAUUCAUCUAUAGAAGAUAUAAAUGUUAAUCCUAUUAUCAAGCAUGCUUAUCCAAGCAUAACGCAAUCUCAUCAGAAAGGAGUAAAAAGAGUAAAUGAGGAUGAAUCAUUUUGGUUACAUUCAUUCGAGGAAAGUGAAUUAAGCAGAGAAAAUGCAAAUAUACCACAUACUUCAGCUUAUGGAAUGCGAAAAGUUGGCAAAAAAACAUACAUUGAUGAUACAAAUAUUGGCUCACCAGGUUCAAAAGCAUUAGAACAAAAAUCAUGUGAACAUAUCGAGUACAAAAGAAAAUGCAACGCAAUGAGAAGAAGUGCUAAUGAAUAUGUUAAUAAAAAUGCUAUAUAA